AUGCAUGGUGACCUCAGUGGCUCUUUUGAAGAAGUUAGAGCCCUUUUCAGUGAUGAAGAAAAACUACAUCUUUUUGAUGACCUAACAAAAGUUAAUCCGGUGACAACUACAACAGUUUUGAAAUGUCUUCAAGCAAGAUAUGCAGUAAACUCAUUUUAUACAAAUGCUGGCUGCAGCCUUGUGGCUUUAAAUCCAUUUCAGUCCAUCUCCUGCCUCUAUUCACCUGAACUUAUGAGAGAGUAUCACGUCGCACCUCGCCCUCAGGAUUUAAAACCUCACAUAUUUGCAGUGGCUGAGCAAACCUACAGAAAUGUCCAAAGCCAGCUAGACCUCGUAAACCAGUCUAUAAUUGUUAGUGGAGAAAGUGGUGCUGGGAAGACCUGGACAUCUCGCUGCCUUAUGAAAUUUUAUGCUACCGUUGCUGCUUCAGUUACUUCCCCCAAAGACAAUGAAACUGUGGAAAGGAUAGAGAAGAGAGUUUUGGAUUCCAACCCUGUCAUGGAAGCAUUUGGAAAUGCAUGUACCCUGCGGAAUAGCAACAGUAGUCGUUUUGGAAAAUAUAUCCAGCUUCAGUUAGACAGAUUCCACCAUCUGAGUAGUGCUUCCAUUCAGACAUUCCUCUUGGAGAAGACCAGAGUUGCCUAUCAGGCACCCAGUGAAAGAAACUUCCAUAUUUUUUACCAGAUCACAAAAGGUGCCACUGAAGAAGAGAGGUUGGAGUGGAAACUUCCCAAAGGAGCUCACUACCACUGGCUGCCAAAUUCUGAGAAAGACUUAGAUGAGGACUGCUUCGAGGUGACCAGAGAUGCAAUGUUUCACUUGGGCAUUGAUCACUCCACGCAGAACAAUAUUUUCAAGGUAUUGUCAGGCCUUCUCCAUCUUGGGAACAUUCAGUUCUCUAAUUCACUGGAUGAAUCUCAGCCUUGUGAAGUACAAGACAAAGCCAAAGAAUUUGUGAAGAGUACUGGAGAUCUACUGAAGAUACCCAUGGAGGAGCUUCUAGAGGCAUUAAGAAUUCGAACAAUAACUGCUGGAAAACAACAGCAGGUCUUCAAGAAGCCUUGCUCCAGAGCUGAGUGUGAGACUAGGAGGGACUGCCUGGCCAAAGUGGUCUAUGCUAAAUUGUUUGAAUGGCUUGUUCUGGUCAUAAAUGAAAGCAUCUAUGCAGGUCCGUCGGUGUGGACCAACUUCAUAGGUUUGCUGGAUGUUUAUGGUUUUGAAUCUUUCCCUGAAAACAACUUGGAACAACUUUGUAUUAAUUAUGCCAAUGAGAAACUACAGCAGCACUUUGUAGCACACUAUCUGAAGGCACAACAGGAGGAAUAUGCAGCUGAAGGUCUAGAAUGGUCUUUCAUAAACUACCAGGACAACCAGAACUGCCUUGAUCUGAUAGAGGGCAGUCCUCUCAGCAUCUUUUCUUUGCUGAAUGAGGAGUGUCGUCUGAACAGAUCCUCUAAUACUGACUUGUUUCAAACUCGGAUUGAAAAAGCCUUGUCUAAUAACCAAUGUUUAAGUCGAAACAAGUUUAGUAAGAAGCCUAAUUUUAUUAUUUCACAUUAUGCUGGCAAAGUCUGCUAUCAGCUGGCAACAAUGGUGGAGAAAAAUAAGGACCCUGUUCCACCAGAGGUGGUCCAUGUUUUGCAGAACUCACAGGACCCUUUGCUUCAAAAAUUAUUUCCUGUGAUAGAAAGGAACCAAAAUAACAUCACUACCCAGAACAGGGCAGCUGUUGUUACAGUGGUGUCAAAGUUCAAGGGAUCCCUUGAACAUCUGAUGCAAAUCUUGAACAGCACUACACCUCAUUAUAUCAGAUGCAUUAAGCCUAAUGCUGACUGCAAGGCAAUGACUUUCAAAGGAGAAGAGGUUCUCAGCCAGCUUCAGGCAUGUGGGAUAGUAGAAGCCAUCUCCAUCAGUGCAGCUGGCUUCCCUAUUAGGGUCUCCUUCCAAAGUUUCCUCGAGCGCUAUGAAAUACUGAGAAAGUUACGUGGGUCCAAUAAAAACAGUAUAUGGGAUAAAAACAGCCAUCAUACUGCCAAGAGAAAAGGUAUGUUUCUUUUCAUAGUCCCUCUGCUAUAAAGUAAAAUAUAUCACUGCACCAACUUGAUAUCAUAUAGAUAGAUGCAAUUACUGAAUUCAGCAAUACAGAAACCAUUAAUCUCAAGAUUAAGGU